GCGACACCGAGCUUAACGCUCGACACGCCAGUGGACGAUUCGCAUGGGGUUCCGCUGACGUCAAAUUCGUUUGUGUCCGAAUCCGAUAUAUUUCGUUGUAUUUAUUAUUUUUCACUAAUAUUAUUAUUAUUACUACUAUCGUCAUUGUUUUAAACACGAAAAAUAAUUAUUUCAAAAUAUUUAAAUUUCGGAAGUGCGUUUUCCACGAACCGUAGAAGAUUGGAACGGCUGUAGUAGCAGAGGUUAUCAACGACAUUAUCGCUGUUGCCAAUACGCGAUAAGACACAUACACACAAUUAAACGAUUACAGGUGACCGCAUGGAUGUAACUACGUAUCGAUUGUGACGUUGUAGUGGGGCCGGACUUUGUGAAAAGAUGCCAUAGAAUGGAACGAACGUGGAGGCUGCUACAAGCGGCUUCCUUUCUCGUGCCGUUACUACAAAACGUGUUAUCAAAUAGCUCAGACGUAACUUCAAAUGUUUGAAUUUAUUGAGUAUUUCAUUUAAGAUUUGAAAAUGGAAAAUCGGACAAAGAAAUACUUGAUAAUUUGGUGAACCCAAACAGAUAUGACAAAAGAUUAUUGCCACCAGUGGAUGAUCAAGAUUUUUGUUGUGGGAUGAAAACACCUCAAGAUGUAAGAGUGAUACUUCCUUCGGCCAAUAGACAUCCUAUUCGUAAAGGACCUUUAUUAGUAAAUGUCAGCGUAUUGCUACUCAGUCUGGCCUCUCCCGAUGAGUCUAGUUUGAAGUACGAGGUUGAAUUUUUACUGCAACAACAAUGGUAUGAUCCUCGUUUACGGUACUCAAACCAAAGUCGGUAUGAUUUUCUAAAUGCUAUUCAUCACCACGGAGAUAUUUGGUUACCAGAUACGUAUUUCAUCAUGCACGGCGAUUUCAAGGCAUCGCUAAUACCGGUACACUUUUCGCUAAGGAUCUACAGGAACGGCAGUGUCCAUUAUUUGAUGAGACGCCAUUUAAUCCUGUCAUGCCAGGGUAUACUGAACAUAUUUCCGUUUGACGAUCCGCAGUGCACAUUUUCAAUGGAAAGCAUAUCAUAUGAAAUGUCAGCUAUAAAAUAUGUAUGGAAAAAUGAUGAAAGCACGUUGAAGAAAUCACCAUCGUUAAAAACUUUAAAUGCAUACUUAGACCGAAAUCAUACAACUGAAUGUCCAUCUACUGGCAGUUGGAGAGGUAACUAUAGCUGCCUUGAAGUGAAUUUGAUUUUUACCAGAGACAGAGCAUUCUAUUUUACUACGGUUUUCAUACCUGGUAUAAUAUUGGUGACUUCAUCAUUCAUCACGUUCUUUCUUGAAUGGAAUGCAGUGCCAGCAAGAGUAAUGAUAGGCGUAACUACAAUGUUGAAUUUUUUCACCACAUCAAACGGUUUCCGAAGUACUCUGCCAGUGGUAUCAAAUUUAACAGCCAUGAACGUUUGGGAUGGCGUAUGUAUGUGUUGUAUAUACGCCAGUUUAUUGGAGUUUGUGUUAGUAAACUACGUGGGACGAAAACGUUCUGACUGGCCGUUACCCAUUGUAUACCAAAAUAAAGAUCAAGACUACAAACAAAUAACACAAAGUGACAAGACCCAAGGGGAAUGUUCCAGUUGUGGGCAAGGGGCAUGCACACAUUCGUUAUUACACAACACCUGCCCAUCAAAAACAGAGGAACAAAAUAUUAGAAGCAAUGGCGGCAACAAACGUAAAAUGCCACCACACCCGAUACGAAUCGCCAAGACCAUCGACGUUAUCGCCCGCAUCACAUUUCCUACGGCAUAUGCAGUGUUUCUGAUAUUCUUCUUCAUUCAUUACACUAGUCAUCCAAGCCAUUGGUCCCAAUAGGCAUAUUAUUAUGUAUUAUACGGAUGGCUCAAGAAGCUCAACGUUUAUAUAUAGCAAUAUAAUAAUAAUUUGAUAUAAUGUUAUUUUAAAUACGAUCAAUACCGGUAUUGUUUACAACUUUACAUUGGACUAAUAAACUCAGGGGUCCAGUGAAGUUAAUCUAGAUCUAGAAACACAAUAAUUUAGGCUUGAGAAAAAAAAUCUCAUAUCACGGACAAAAAAAAUCUUUAAAAUGUAAAAAUAUUAUCAAAUAUCGAUACUAUAUUAGCGUACCAUUUUAAUUCUUUGAACAAAAAAUACAAUAAAAAAAUCUAUUAAAAUACAAUUAAUUAAGUAAAAUAAAACAUGUUCAUUAUUAAGAAAAUUAGAAACAUGAAUAUUGUUUAAUAUUUUGCACCUAUUUUAUUAUUCAAAACAUUUACGUAGAUUUCUUAACUGUAACGUUGAAUUGAAUUUCUAAAUUAUUUUGGUAAUGUGAAUAAGUUCUCGUGUAACCAUCAAGUCAUAUUUUAGCAUUACAAGAGAUAAACUUUCAAAACUCACUCGAAGAAAAAAAAAUUUUAAUUAUAAAAGCACAAAAUUACCAGAAAAAUGUCAACUGGAAUAUAAUGCAACCUGUCUAAAAAUUUGGUAAGGAAAUUUAAACCUAAUACAAUAUUAUAUGUUAUAUUUGUAAUAAUAAUAUCAUCUGUACAAUGGCCUGCAGUGAGUUUAAUAAAUUACCACAAUGUCGAUGUAUUAUAUAGGUAUGAAGAUUUUUUUGUCCGUUGUUUGAGAUUUAUUUUUUCAACAUUUUUUAUCCAAUAGGAACAGAUAAAUAAAUGAUAUCAAAUAUUAUAAGUAUAAUACUAUCGAGUAUUAGGUAUGCCGGUAAAUGGUUGGGGGUUGGCGGUUGGCGUACAGUGUUUUUGUGAUGGUAUACUGCAGAAGUUAUCGAACGACAGUUGUAUACAGAUAUCAACGCAUUGAACGCAUUGACCUCAUUAACUAAGUGCAUAGGUACAUAACGGUUUAAGUUACGGGUAGGUGAACUACGCGGAUAUUGUAGACUUCGAGGUAUAAUUCACGUAUUUUAUUUGAUUGUAAAUUUACACCAAUGUGUCAUAUACUCAUGUGAUAAUUUAGUAGCAUUUAUUUGUUUAUUUUUAUUGUAUUACUAUUUAUUUAUUUUUAUUUUAUUAGGUAAUAAGUAACUUUUUUAGGAUUUUAAAUUAUUAUACGCAUACGCCAUACGGUAUAAUAUUAUAAUUGCGCCUGUAUGAAGUAUCAUACAUUUUACAGUCUUACUGUUUGAAAGUAUCAAUUAUUAACAAGUCUCUUGGACAUGUAGUAACAUUUUUUUUUUUUUUGGUAUGUAUUCUUAUUGUAUAACAUUUAUAUAAUUAAUGAAACGUGGAAGUGCUUACUUACCAUAGUUUCAAAAAAUAUUUAUCAUCCAAAUAUGAUAGAUACUUUAUUUUUUGGUUCGUCAGUUUUACGAACGAUACUAAAAACAACAAAAAAUGUUAUUAAAGUUUAUCCGUUACGAUAAGACGUAGAUACAUAUCUUGGUACAUUUCGCCGUAACGUUAUAUUUCUCAAAUGAGUAUCAUAAAAAAAAUUUAACAUAAAGAUCAAACGCGCCUAACCGAAAUGUUUGAUCAUAUUCGUGUAAAAAUAGUCGCAUAGCCGUGGACCAUAAAAAAAUUAUAUUUACUUAUAGGCAACUGUUGCAAAAUAUACAGGUUAAACAUAGUCUCUUUUCAAAAUGUUUUAUUAUACUAAUAUUAUAGAUAUGCUAAUUAUACAAGUAUACAGUAUUCUAAUAGAAUAAUAAUAAUUGAUCCGAUACGAAAUCAUUACAAUUUCUAUUGGUUAUUUUUUCAUUUAUCAUCAUAGCUCAAUAAUAAUUUAUAUAAAUAGGUAUAUAUUCCGUUAUCUGUAGAUGAAAAUUUUAUUAAUAACACUAUUUCGAUCUGUUAAUAAUUUCGGACAAUCAGAACCUUGUAUAUUAUAUAGUGUACGUCUGGAUCUUUUAACCAUUUCAAAACGAUGCUGUAACUUAAGAUACACAUACGUGUAGGUACAAAUAAAACUAUAACAGAUAUCAUUUUAAAUACUACAUUAUUUUUUUUUAACACAUCAGGAUUAGAUUUUAGACUUUUUUAAAUAAUUAAAUACCGCCUUAUUCACGCUUUGUUUAAAACGUAUACAUUUGUCAAAUACCACGUAAAAUUCACGUACAGGGUCUAGUGUAUAUUUUUACAUCCAAUUCUUUCAAAGAUUCAAUAUAUAUUAUCUUAUUUGGAAAAACCAUAAAUAAAGAAAAUUACAGAAUAACUACUUGUCGACAAAAUGCAUCACCACUAUACAUCCUGUAUUUGUACUUAUAUAUAAUAUUAUACUAAGCUAAUAUAAAACAUCAUAAACUAUACCUAUUUUCCAUAUUUUUGAUUUUUUUUUUUUACGUUAUAAUUAUAAUUUUUUACCAAAUUAUUCCUUCAGUAAAAGUUUGGAGUUCGAGAAAUGGACCAACUUAUAGUUUAUAUUAAAUUUCGAUUUUUUUCAUUUAAAAAUAUGUAUGCAAAAUAUAGUCACACACCAAGAGAUUCUUUAAUACGUUGUAAAUUGUACUCUGUUACGUAAGUAAUAAAGAUUAGAUUAGAUAUUAUAUUAACACUAAUUUUUAUUCAUUCGUUUAAAAUAAAAUGUAAAUUUUUAAUAAAAACAAUAAGUAGGUAUAAUAGUACUAUACAAUAUUGAUUAUUAUAUAAAAAUAAUAAUAAUAAUACUAAUAAUAAUAAAUUGUAUUAAUUUCUUAUUUUUUUAACAAUAUUCCUAUUAGUACCUACGGUGCCUACCCAUAAAUGCAAUUUGCGCUGUUUGAGGGAAAAUGAUACGAAUACAUGCACAUUCAUAUAAUACGACAAAAUCAACUUGGCAAUAUACAUAAUUUAUAAUUUAUACCUAACCAAACUGUAAUUUUUCUUUGUACCUAGGUGGCUCGUGGCUAAAUACUUAAAAUAAACAUAUGAUGUCCUUAAGUUUUAAAUCAUUACAAUAAUAUUCGUAAUUUCAUCUAGGUAAAUAUACGUUUAACGACACGAUGUAUUACCUUAUUAAUUAAUUCCAUUUAAUUAUCACACAUAAUACAAAUUAUUUUUCAUACUGUGUUAUUGUUACACCCAGUUACGUGUUUUACAACAAGCUUUAUUUUUUUACCCGAUGACCACCUUACUUGGCAUUUCACAGAAAUUCGAGAAGUAUAACAUGGUAUUCGAUUUGCGGAGCCACGUGCGUUCAAAACACGAGAAAUCACUUAAGAAAAAUGAACUUUUGACUCUAAAAGGUCAACAGCUAUAAAAUUUACAUGCACCCCGUGUCGUAAAUUAUACGUAUAAAAUAUUCUUUAUCAGUCGCGGCGCACAUGACACAUUAUACAUAAAUCACAUUUAGUGUGUGACACAAAUUAUGUAUUUUUUUAUCAUCUUCUUGACGCAGAUUGCAUUGUAGGUACUCUUUAAAAUAUUAGUUUGUAUCAAUACAUUAUACAGUAAAUAUCAUCAAAAUUCUUGUAAACUAUUUAUAAAAUUAACAUCAAUACAAUUUUAUGAUUUAAAACUUAAAACUAUACAUUCAUGGCGUAAACGUAGAAAAAAAUGUUCAUAAAUGUCAUACUAUUCAUUUAUAGGUCAGGUAAUUAAUUUUUUGUUCCUGAUAUUUCGAAGGAGGUUUAAACACCCAAACCCCUCCUGCGUUCGCGCCUGCAUUCAUAUAAUUAAUACUAAUUUGAAUGCAUAAAUAUUACAUAUUGUAUUAUAAUAUUUUGAAUACAUUAUAAUUUAAAAAUUAUAAAAUUGACUAUUCCAGAAAUGGUAUUACAGCCUCUUGGCUUUUAUAUAAUUAAAUAAUUUAUAGAAAAACAAGACAUAUUCAAAAAUUCAUUAAAUAUAUAAUAGGUAGUUUUUAAUUUUAAAUACCCUAUUUAAGCCAUGUAAUCAAGUGUAUAAUUUCAAAAUUUAAUAUUGCCAUACCACUUCUGUGUAUGCCGUUGUAUUUACUUGGUUUUACUAACGGUUUAGAUAGUAGUUUAGUAGGUAUAACAAUUUGUUUCAUCAUGUCUUAUAUUUUCAUAAUUAUUGUGUUUCUAAUGAGCAAUAAUAUGAAUUGCAUUAAAAUCAAACUUAAAAUAACGUUGUCAUUGAAUUAUUAAUAAAACGCUUUAUU